AUGUCUGUGCCUUAUACACCCGGUUGGAACGAUCCGCCCGUUUUGUCUCUCUCAGAAAAUACCACAUUCUCCAACUCUUCAGCAUCCAGACGUCGUGCUCGCGUCUAUCAUUCAGUCGAUGGAGUGGGCGCCGCAGGAACCAAUCCCCACCAACAUGCUGCCUUGCAUCCUGGUGUUUCCUCAAUUGCAACCGUACCUGUCCCUCCUAUUCUUUCAUCCCAGCCGGUUGUAAACCCCUAUUCGACUACGGCCUUGCCACAACAAAUGACAGGACAGCCCAUGGGCUCCAUGCCAGCCUAUGCCGCAUCUGCUAUGCCUCAGACCACUCUUCCUAUCAUGCAGUCACCAGUGCAACCGUCAGCGGGUAUGAUUAAUCCACCUCUGGAUUACGAAGCUCCCUCCACUAUCUCGCGUUUGGCUGCUCAAGUCAAUAAGGUUCUUGGGGAUACUACCCUUGAGAUUCCAAGCAGGGAGUCAAUCAUCGCCUCCAUCUCUUCUCUCCAAACGGAACUUUCUCUCAAUCGAAUUUCAGCGGGUGCUAGUGAACUUAUCAAACAAUUUAUUUCAUUUCUUGAAUUGAGGGACUUUCGACAAGCCGAGAAUACUCUCAAUGCUAUUAAACAACAAUCAGAGACCGCUAAUUGGGGAAUACCGCUCCAUCAUCUGAUGUACUACAGCCAAAUUCAGGCCUCCCGACAACAGUAA